AUGCUGACACCACGCCUCCAGGAACAGCAUCGCCUCUGCUGGCAGGGAUCAUCGGGAGCGUCGUCGUACUGCUGGCACUGCUGACCACUUCACUGCUGGCAGCUACACUGAGACGGUACAGAGCUCGCAGGCUGACAGCAGGGCGCGCUGUCAGUCUACCGUCUGACUGUGCAGAUAAGGAGACAGCUGACGGUAUCUCUGUCAACGGCGAUAUCACCCCGGGCGAGUAUUCAUCAGGCUCGCUGGCGGGAGGAAGUCACCUGCUCCUGCCUGUGCGGGGCAAAGGCGGCCGGAGAAGCUCGAGUUCUGGAGGCAUGCAAGAUUUUUGUCGGGAGUUUGCCCACUUAGAGUCCAGCGCUGCAGGGACUCCUACACCUGCUGUCGUUCAGCCUGAACGCGAUAUCGAAAUCAGCCGCAAUGCGACACUCAGUCCUGGUAUUCAAGAAUCAACCGCGACCAACCCUGCCUUGUACUCCUGUGGUUACCGGUACAUCAGAAGAGGCAGCGACUUUACUUGCAAUGAUAUCUCAAACAGAAACGAAAUACCUCAAGGCAAUGAACAACGCCAUGUUGGCUUUCGGGUCGAUGAGUCCUUACACAGACAAGACCGUGCAGAAGAAAGUGGAUCUUUAGAUAGACGUUCGAUGUCAUCUCGUAUCAAUGACCUUCGCAAAGAAAUUGGUGUCAACGAUGACGUCAUGUGGGGGUCUCCAGGUCACAGUACAGGUGAUUCACAGUAUACUUUCGUAGACUCAUCCAGAGUCUCGCCUUACCACGAUCAUGAUGUCGUUAAUAAUCUAUUUAAUAGCUUUAAGUUAGUCUACAGACCUUCAGCUGGUCUUACCAGCAAUUAUUACGAUUCUUCAUCAACAAGUUUAGUGCCCAGGGCCUCUCAGAACCACCUAGAGUCACCCAGAGUCUCUGGUACGUUAGAGUCUCCUGAAAAGUUGACUCCGACUCGGGCGCCUCCCUUGGCCCGUCGUGGUGGAGUAACGGCCAGCGGAUGUACGAGACGGACUGACGAGAGCUACGUUUAAUUAAAAAGUUUAAUUCGGGCAUAAUGAUGGUAAAAAGCUUGCUGGCUCAUUUUUACAUAUUUUUAAAGUUAUUUUUAUGAAAUAAACUGACCGAGAAUGUUGCUACUUGUCAAUUGUAAAUGUGUUGCACAAUGUCAAGGAUUUUCUCAUACGGGGAAAGGAAGAUUGGUAGCCAUUGUCAUUAAUGAAUUUUUUAAGGCCUUAAUUGUCUCUAGUUUUUUUUUAUCGAUCAAGUGUCAAUUUCGUUCAAUUUGUGCAAUGUUAUAGAUCUUUGAUCAAAGCUCUUAACUCUUUAACGUGAUAUUUAAUUAAUAAAAUGCCAAUCAGAGCGAAUUUCACUUGGUCGAGCCUCACUAUUUGGCAUGUCAUUGCCUUUUCCUAAAUUUUACCGGGAUCAAUUAAAUUAAUAACGAAGCUUUGCGCUUAAUAAUCUAUACCGGCAGUCAUAUUGUGCUGUGACACAAAAAGUUACUAGAUUUGUGAUGCAAUUCUAACUUGCAGUGGUGAUUUUCAUAAUUUCUUUCUUCUCUGAAAACCUGUUUGAGAAUUUUUUUCAAUAAUAAUAAAACCACAUAAAUGUUAACCUGUCUGAACAAGCUCACGAUUAUUCAUCAUACAUGGUAUCUUUAUUUUAACAUCGUUGAUGGUCAUGAAAAAGUUAAUAUUACAGACUGGUAUUAAAAACCAUGCGUUCAUCACAAAAUACGGAAUAUGACGAAAAUUAUAUAAAUAUAUGAAGAAAACAUUCAAGAUAUUAUGCCAAAUUAUUAUUUCCAGAACAACCAACAUGCGUUAAACUCAAAUGUUCACGGAAUGAACAGUAUAAUUGUGAAAUCUGAAUAAUUGUUAGACCAUAAUUCUUGUUCAGGGCAUUUUUACAUUACGAAACUGAAAUCAUCCCAUGUGUUAUGGCAAUGAUACACCCUUCAUCAGCGCCA